CUAGUGUUGAAUCUAUGGAAUGUCAAAAUCAAGACGUAGAUUGCAGCGACGGAAAGAGAAUCAAGUUGGAUUCGUCGCACGACUCUAGAAUGGCAGCGUCCGGGCGGCAGUUUUUUGUCGGAGGCAACUGGAAAAUGAACGGCAACACGACUAGUAUUGACGGCAUUAUCUCAUUCCUAACGGAUGGCAGUUUGUCGGGGGAUCAGACUGAGGUUGUAGUCGCGCCACCGGCUAUCUAUUUGCAAUAUGUUCGUCAAAAACUGCUGGCUAGUGUGGCCGUUGCCGCUCAGAAUUGUUAUAAAGAAGCAAAAGGUGCAUUUACGGGGGAGAAUAGCGCUGAAAUGAUUAAAGAUGUUGGGUGUGAAUGGGUCAUCCUAGGCCAUUCAGAACGCCGCCACAAAUUUGGAGAAACUGAUGAGUUGAUUGGUGAGAAAAUUGCUCAUGCUUUGAAAGCUGGUUUGAAAGUGAUCGCCUGCAUUGGUGAAUUACUGUCUGAACGAGAGAAUGGGAAAACAACUGAAGUCGUCUUCAAACAGUCCAAAGCAAUUGCAGAAAAUGUGUCGGAUUGGAACGACGUUGUAAUUGCAUAUGAGCCUGUGUGGGCUAUAGGCACUGGCAAAACUGCAACUCCUGAUCAGGCACAAGAAGUUCAUCAUCAAUUGAGAGAUUGGCUGUCUCAGAACGUGUCUCCCGAUGUGUCUGCAAAGACGAGGAUUAUUUACGGCGGAUCCGUGACAGCGGCAAACGCCCACGAGUUGGCUUUGCAGCCCGACAUCGACGGUUUCCUUGUCGGUGGCGCUUCUCUCAAGCCUGACUUCGUGAAGAUUGUACAGGCAAGAAGCUCGUAGCACGAAACAGUAGGACCAAACGUUGCAAGUCACGUGAGUAGGCGUAGUUAGUCACGUGAAGUUCAUAAUUGCAAGAUACAUUAUCCCGUAUAUGAAUACCAUUGCUGUGACUUUCCCAUCAAA